UGCUUAUCUCCACUACUCUAGCCUGGCUAUCCAAACCAUAUAUAACACCCUGACACUGAAACUAGAGGUUGCUUAAUUGUGGAGAGGCAAGAAGAAGAGACUAAAGAAUCUGGCCAAUUUCCCCAGUUCCCAAUGGAUGGCCUACCACUGUUUUACUUUCAUCCUGUGACCUUUUACCAAGGGGUUGCUUUUCCCUUUGCUCUUCUUUUUAAUUUUCUCUGUGCUAUGGAUUCUUUCUCCAUUACCGCCCGAUACAUCUUUCUCCUGGUGGGAGGCUGCCUGCUCGCCUGGACGGCCAUGGCCCAGUAUUCAGUGCUGGUCUUCACCCCUGCUGUCUGUGCUGUGGCCCUCUUCCAGUCUGUGAGUCCAGAGAAAGUUCACCGCUGGACACUCUCCUUCCAGAUGACCUGGCAAACCUUUUGCCACCUGGGACUACAUUACACUGAGUACUACCUUCAAGAACCCCCUUGCAUGAGGUUCUGUAUCACCCUUUCUUCCCUCAUGCUCCUGACCCAGAGAAUCACUUGGCUCUCUCUAGACAUCUGUGAGGGGAAAGUGGUGGUGAAGAAAGCCUGGAAAGGCCCCUGUGUCCUGUCAUUUUGUAGCUACCUCCUCUUCUUCCCGGCACUUCUGGGCGGCCCUUUGUGUUCCUUUAAGAGGUUUCAGGCUCGGGUGAGGCAGCCGGAGUCACUGUGGAGGCCGCUGUACCUUGGCCCUACCACCAGGAGGGGCCUGAUGUUCCUGGGGCUGCAGCUGCUUAAAACCUUGGUGAGGGGGAUACUCAGGGCAAGUACCAGCUUGGCCAACUGCCGCCGAUUUGGCUGUGUCUAUGUCAUGUGGACCACGGCUGUGCUCUUCAAACUGAGCUAUUACUCUCACUGGAUGCUGGAUGAAGCCCUCCUCUGGGUAGCAGGCUUUGGGCUGGACUCCAGAGCUCCUCUCCACAGCGAGGGAGAUGUUUCGGACACAGACAUUUGGACCUUGGAGACAACUCACAGGCUCUCCCUGUUCACCAGGACUUGGAACCAGAGCACCACCAAGUGGCUCCGGAGGCUUGUAUUUGAGCGGGCUAAGGCCUGGCCACUGCUGCAGACAUUCGCCUUCUCCGCCUGGUGGCACGGACUCCAUCCAGGUCAGGUCUUUGGUUUCCUGUGCUGGGCACUGAUGGUGGAAGCCGACUACCUGAUCCAUGGCCGUGCCAAGGUGCUGAUCAGAUCCCGGCCAGGGAGGCUGCUCUACAGGAUCACCUCCUGGGCCUACACGCAGCUUAUCAUUGCCUACAUCCUACUGGCAGUGGAGCUUAGGAGCGUCUCUGCACUCCGGCUACUGGGGGCUUCCUACAACAGCCUCUUCCCCCUGGGGUACUGUAUGUUUCUUGCUCUAAUAGCAAGGAAUAAAAAGCAAGCAGGAACCUUACCAGCCUCUUUCACACAAUGAACUGGAUUCUGCCUUGGUGCUGGGGUCCUUGCCCUGUGGGGCAUUAUGGCCUCAUUGGGGAUCAUUUAGAACAUUUUGAUCAGACAAUUGACAAGACAAAGGAAGAGCUACUAUAGCAGGUUCAGUGAGGAUGACCAAAAGCA